AAGUUAUCGAUAUUUCUCCGACUCUGGUUUUUUGCGUUUGUUUGGCUUUUUCACCUGAAUCUUAGCCUUAUCCGGAAUAUUAGAGAUGGGUCGCAACAAGGCAAACAACAAAAAGGUGACUCCUGGAGCCGCCAAGCCAAAGACUACGCUAAACAAGUCCAAGAAGGCCAAGAAUGUGUUCAAAGUGGGCGAUGGUAACAAGGGCAAGGGCAAGAAGCCCAAGGAGGUGCAGGGCAAGCUCAAGCAGAUCAAGGAAUCUGUGAAGGCAAAGCAGGAGAAGGUGGACGCCAGCCUGAAGACUCUGCACAAGGAUCUGGUGGUGAAGAAGCCAAAGGCCCCAGUGGCGCCCAUCAAGAACAACAAGAAGAAGGGGGCCAAUGCCCAGAAAGUCUCCGACACUCUGGGCAAACUUAAGUUCUAA